ACGUCUCCAAUUUGACAUGAAUCUCUCUCAUAUUUAUUAAAUAAAGCUGGAUAAGAUCCAAAUUCCAGCUGCAACUCAAUCGUUAAAACCGUGUGCACAACUCACUCUAGCUCCCUAUUUUAUAUACUUCUAACCAGCCCAACAAUUUCACCCACAUCAAAAUGAACACUCAUUCUUGAUUUCUUUGCGCAAAUUUUCUUCUUUUAAAUAUCCCGACGAUCUUAUCAGAAAGCUGCUCAGCGCUUAUACCAAUUGAGCUAAAGCUCGUUGGUUGCUCCGGUUUUCUUGAAUUUUAAAGAAAGUUAGAAUGGCAACACCUCAAGAAUCUUCAGUUCUUGAACUGAUUAGACAACAUCUUCUUGGAGACUUCAAUUCUACUGAUAUUUUCAUUACCAAUCUUGAUUCUUACAUCUCCUCUCUUGCUCUUAAUCUCCAACCCGCCGUCAAACUCGAAACUGAAACCUCUCUGUCCGAGUCGGAGUCCAAUUCCGCUAUGUCCGACCCUAUUCAUGACUAUAACCAAGAAACUUCGUCGAGAACUCAACAGCUUGUUAAGCGGUCUCCGCUGCAAGACCAUCAAGAGAAGCAUUACAGAGGGGUGAGAAGAAGGCCGUGGGGAAAGUUCGCGGCGGAGAUUCGUGACCCGAAUCGGAAAGGAAGUAGGGUUUGGUUGGGGACUUUUGAUAGUGAUGUUGAUGCUGCUAAAGCUUAUGAUUGUGCUGCAUUCAGAAUGAGAGGUCGUAAAGCUAUCUUGAAUUUUCCGUUAGAUGCCGGCCAUGCCGAGCCGCCAAAGAACACCGGCCGGAAGAGGAAGAGAGUGAAGAGAGUAGAAGCUGAUGUGCCGCCGGAGUCUAUAAAUGGGUCUCCGGAGGUAUGGAUUGAUUAGUUUUGGAGAAGUAAGAAGUGGAGGGAAUGGAGUAAAACAGAAAUUAACCGUAUUUGCUUACUUGUCAGUAAAUGAUUGGUUCGAGGGUUUAGUAACAAUGAACUAUUUUAUUUGUGUUUUUAUGCAUGAAAUUUCUUUCCAUCACCACUGUACAUGAGUAUCCUAAUUCCUAUAGAUUAUUGAAUGUAUGAAUUAGAAGGGUUGUUGAGUUAAAUUUGAAUCAAGUGUGAAUUAUGAGAUGAUAAUAUAGAUUAAAGUUUGAUAA